AUGGGCCCACAACGAUCAUCUACCUCGUUGUCUAAGAAGACAGGAAAUAAGCUCCAUCGUCAAUCGUUAUAUGUCAAGCAGAAGAGGGACCGUGAGAAGGAAAAGCGCGAGUCUCGGUUUCGAAGGAAGAAAGAAGAAGAUAGAGAACCUGAGCUAAGGGCUGAGAGAGUUGCGCGUAAUCUGCCAGACACCAUUGACCGGAAACGAGUCUGGGACGACGUAGACGAUGAUGGGCUGGGCGCAAGUGUCGAUAUGGAGCAGCUGCUCAAAAAGCGACGCUUACAACAAGAAGAGCUCGAAGAAAGACUAGCUGCGGGUCUAGAUGAGGCAUCUGAUUCUGAAAAGGACGACGACAAUGAUGAUAAAGACAGUAUGUUAGGUUCAGACGAUGAAGAGGAAUCCGACGAGGAAGCAGCAGCAAAGGCCCGCGCAAAGCAAGUUAUUCGAGAUGAUAGUCUUGCUCCCUCGACUACUUCAACGAACCUCGACCUUACACCGGAAUCGUUGGUGGCUAAAUUCCCAUCGCUCUUUUCUGACGAUGGGCCUGCAGAGCCUAAAGUCCUAGUUACCACUACUCUCAACUCGACUCUGCAUGAUCAAGCGAGACUACUCUGCACUCUAUUUCCGCAUAGCACAUAUAUACCGCGAUCGGCGCAUAAGUAUAGUUAUAAGUAUAGUGUGAGGGAGAUCUGCAAAUUCGCAGAGAAUAGGGGUUUUAGUUCUGUCAUGAUUCUCAGGGAAGACUUGAAGAAGCCAAUCGGGUUGGAUAUUGUCCAUCUGCCCUCAGGACCAACAUUUCACUUCAGUAUCUCAAACUGGGUUGAAGGGAAGAAGCUACCGGGUCAUGGCAAUCCGACAAAUCACUAUCCGGAACUACUACUCAACAAUUUCAAGACACCCUUAGGUGUUCUCACUGCAAGACUCUUCCAGUCGCUUUGGCCCAAGACCCCCGAGCUACAAGGUCGUCAAGUAGUUACCUUACAUAAUCAACGUGAUUAUAUCUUUUUGCGUCGGCAUAGGUACGUCUUUCGAGAUAAACGAGCGACAGAGAAAAGUGUAGUUGGCGCAGACGGGAAGGAAUUAAAGGGAGUAGAAAGUAUUCGAACAGGUCUUCAAGAGCUAGGUCCGAGGGCAACACUUAAGCUUAGGCGCAUCGAUAAGGGAAUUGGCCGGGCUGGGAGUGAAGGAGAUGACGCUUUGCAGUGGGAAUGGAAAGCUAAGAUGGAAAAGCAACGAACUAGAUUUAACCUUUAA